AGAGGAAUGCGGCUUCCUCGGCUGCUAACGAAGCCAUGUCGAUGAUCUUGAGGUUGCAGAGGGAAAAAGCCGAGUCACAAAUGGAGUUUAGGCAGUUCAAGAUGUUCACAGAGGAGAAAAUGGCGCAUGAUCAGCAGGAGAUAAUGGCGUUGGAGGAUUUGUUGUAUAAGAGGGAGGAGACGAUCCAGUCGUUGACUUGUGAGGUGCAAAUGUAUAAGCAUAGGAUGUUGAGUUAUGGGUUCUUGGAGUCUGAGGUUGAGGAUGAUGGUGAGAAAGAGAAGGUUCGUUAUGGCCGAAAUGAUGGUGUCAGUGAGGGCAUCGAUGAGCGUUUUGAAAUUUCUUUGUAUGAUUACCCUCCCUUGAAAUGCACUAUUAAUGAGAACCACGUGUACACAGAGAUGGAUAAUGAGGUUGUGGACGUUGAGAAAUAUGCAUUCGGAGAGACCCCACGAUGAUGUGAUCAAUUGCGAGAUUUGGAUCAGAGGAUCAAUCAGUUAGAAUUGAUGCCAAGUAGUCAGACUGAUGGGGAAGUAUUUAACAACGAUGUCCUUGAAAAAACAGUAGUCGCUCAAUUCCCUCCUGUAACAAAUAAAGAAAUAAGCUCUGAUUUUAUCUCAGGUUCUACGAAGUUCGGUGGAAGUGUUGGAAAAGCAGAAAAUUCGCAAACAGAGGAGUAUGCGAACUUGAGGAAGGUGGACGAGUCAUCUGAAGUUGGAGGUGAAAUGAACGACAGAGUGUAGACAAUUGACUCUAUACAUCAGGGUUCUGGAUAUAAUGGUACCUCAGAGCCCAAGGCUUCUGCAGGAAUAGGUGAUGGGCAUACCCCAAGAGAUUCGCUGAAUCAUACUGAUUUUGGGGAUCCUGAGGUCACGAAGCUGUACCUUAGGCUGCAGGCCCUCGAGGCUGAUCGGAAAUCAAUGAGGCAGGCUAUCGUUUCUAUGCGGACUGAUAAAGCACAGCUGAUAUUGCUUAAAGAAAUUGCUCAGCAGUUGUGCAAAGAAAUGUCUCCAGCAAGGAGGACGCCUGUGAGGAAGACAUCUGUAGUCACGAGCUUUUCAUUCAUUUCAAUAUUCAAGUGGAUAAUAUCCUUCGUCUUGUGGAGAAGGAAAGCUCGUCGAUCCAAGUACUUGUUUGGUUUGUCAGCCAACAAUGCGGGUUUGCUAAUGCAUUUAGACAAGGGACCUCGUGUUGGCCAAUGGAGAUGUCUUUCAAGUACACAGGUGUAACACCAAUCCCAUUGGUCCACAUCGACUUCCGAAUCUCUUGUACUCAUUGGCAUGAAUGCAGAAUCGAUUUUAGUCAAGAUUUGUUGUUCCGUAUAUGCCUUGCUGCUGCUAAUUUGAAUACUGGAUUACUUCGUGCAAGUUCUUUUCACUUGAUUGUUGGAAUUGAAUGCAUCUUGCUGAAACAGUCGGCACAAUUAUAGGUGUUCCUUAGCCAUAUGGCUUUUAGAUCUCCUGGUCUGUUGGAAUUUCACUUUAGGUAGUUUACUUCUGUAUAUUGUAGAUUUGUGAAUAACUUUUUUUUAGGGUCUCAAUCAGAAAUGAAUGCUUUGUUUCGUGAUUGGGACAUAGUUGAUUGAUUAAAUCGAAUAUGAGUGCAAUUUUUCCAUUUGUUUUCCCAAUUGAAGCGUGUUUCUUUCCUGAACA